GCUAUGGAGGCAUGCCGGAAGACUCGGGCAACCUCACAGUUACGCCCUCAAAUACAAACACAGAUCGUGUGGCUCCUCGUAGUUUACGUGUGCUUCGCUGUCGCUGAAACAAUGAGCGAUAAAACAUUUGAUAAAACUCAGAUGCCGAGAAGAGAGGCCGCGCUGAAAGGAAGGGAGGAGAAAAUGGUCGUGGCAGACAAGCAUGCAGUCAAUGGGAAUCCAACUGUGGAGCCUUUCCCAGAAGGGAUGGAGACCAUCAUGUUUGGAAUGGGCUGUUUCUGGGGAGCCGAGAAACUUUUCUGGCGACUUCCGGGAGUCUUCUCCACACAAGUGGGCUAUGCAAGUGGCUUCACACCAAACCCCACUUACGAAGAGGUCUGCUCAGGUCUGACAGGUCACACCGAGGUGGUGAGAGUGGUGUUCUCCCCCCAAGACAUCAGCCAUGAAGAACUGCUUAAACACUUUUGGGAGAACCACGAUCCAACACAAGGUAUGAAGCAGCACAAUGACCAAGGUACUCAGUAUCGUUCAGCCAUUUACACAUCCAACCCCACUCAGCAGGAGAUUGCGCUGAAGAGUAAAGUGGCCUUCCAGCAGGAGCUGGAGAAAAAAGGAUAUGGUCCCAUUACAACUGAGAUUCUGGUUGGGCAGCAGUUUUACUACGCUGAGGACUAUCACCAGCAGUACCUGAAGAAGGUACCUAAAGGCUACUGUGGCCUCAAAGGCACCGGGAUUUCCUGUCCCAUCGGCGCCAGAAAGGAUGAACUGUGAGCCACGUGUGGUGAGAGAGGGAAAAUACUCAGCUCGCAGAAUAUGUUUAUAGGCACUAAUUUCAUUGUUCGCAGUCCAUGCAUCUAAUUUAUUUUCUUUUUCUUAUAAAUGGACUGUAUCUACAAUGCAUCUGUCUUUAUUUGUAAGAUAAUAACACAUUAGUCAACAUCAUUACUGAGCCCCAUAUCUGUUAUAAGCUUCAGUAAUUCCUGGCUGCCUGCCAGCUCUGGAGAAUACAUACAUGUUUAAAACAUUUUUGAGAGAUUUUCUAAAUAAAACAAAACAAAACAAAAAAACCUCGAAAAAUUUGGACAGCAAUGACAUAAAAUAAAUGUUUAAAAGCUGCAUAAAAAUGAAUUUGAAACAUGAUUGAAUUUUGUAUUGCAGUGCUCUUUUUGACUGCAGUAACUAACAGCUUCCAGAGGGUGGCGAGAUUUCACAAAAGAAAUCCAUACGUUAUGUAUAAUAUACAUAUAAUGUGGGAUGAUAUUGCAAAGGAAAGGUGUCUAAACAUUGUCUUGGUAAACUGGAAGAUGAAACGGUUUUCUAGCCUGAUCCGUGUAAUCCGUCUCACCUCCAACACUGCCACAGCACUGUGACAAAGCGAAGUUUCUUAUACUUCUUAGCAGGCAAAGACACCAAUACCAGCUUGAUUUUAAUGCUGUUUUUCUUUAGUUUUUAACUUUUCUAAACACUGCAAUUUAUUUUCUUAUUGCUUAUUGCCUUUCUUAUUAUUACACUGGAAAUAAAAAUGUUUCUCCUCCUACCUUA